AUGCCGCAACAGCUGUUGAACAGCGGCAUGGCGACGGUCGGUCGGUUCGGUCGACCUCAGUGUCUUUUGUCUUUCCUCGGAGGGCAGGGAGUCGGACGUCGACAGCCGAGUGAGGGAUCAGAGAUGACGGUGGCGGUUGCUGCUGAUCGUCUUGCUUCGAUCCGCCUGAUCGUCGAUCGUCGAGGAGCACCGGGCGACGUGGCGACGUGUUGUGUGGUGCACUGGACGGAGGAAGAAACGAAUCACUCGUCGCCACCGCAUCACUUCGCCGGCCGUCGACAGCGUGCCUUCCCUCAAACGGCGAGGCCGUCGGAACUUUCAACUCCUCACCUCCAAAGACUUCCGCUUCGUUGUUGA